AUGACCAAAUUUUAUCUUCAAUACAAGAACAACUCUCCAGUGCUUAUCGAUACAGACAACGGAAGAGGACCACAAGGAAAUCUACCUCCGAUUACUGUUUCUCAUUUGAUUUCAGCUUACAAGACUGCCACCACUCCCCUCCUUGAUGCUAUUCCUGUUGACGAACUCACUCUUCAUUUUGAGGUGUAUGGUCCAGCCAUUUCUCAAUAUGGGCUUCUGACAUCUAUUCAACAUCCUUUUGGUUGUUACAACAGUCCACUGAUUAUUAAAUCCAAGAAUGAUGUGAAUGUUGACCGUCCCUAUCAAAGACACUUUGUACAAAGUCGAGCUGACCAAGAAUUCAUCGAAACCAAUAAUUUGAAAUUGAAAAACCCAAAUGACGCUUUCAAGUAUUUGAUACAUCAUCUGGAAAAUAUUGUCGAUGUAUCAAGGCUACCAAAUAACGCCGUAUUUAACGACAAUUGCUUGGAACACCGUCUUGAUAGGAGAGUAACCAAUUAUCAAAUUGACGAUGUUGAUAAUAUCAAACUGUUUUUUGCUGUUUCUGGUGCAGGAAAAACAAGGAUGUUUCUAGAGUUGCUUUAUUCAAACUUUGGGUACUACUUUGCUUGCAAGAGCUCUCAAGAUGACUUUGGUUCUAAAGCAUUUGACUUGUUUGAGCGUCUUUUUACGACCCUUGUAAAAGAACCUGGACUUUCCUCAACUGCUAUUAUAAACCCGUUUCCUUUUACUGCCAUUGAUGGAGUCCGAAAUCUUGCACGAGGUCGUCGUUUUCAUUUUCAACCAGAAAGUAGAAACUUUCGUCCCUUUUUCACUCCAUUUGUAUACCAUUCCAAAAUGAUGGGAAUAUUUCCUCAUUGCCUACUGUCUGCCACCAGUAUUGACUUUGAACUCAUCAAAGGAACAUCGGAGGGUAGUGUUAUGAAGGAUGGUCAAGUCACAGAUUGUGUAGUUAUAUCAGAUUUCCAUUCUCUGACAAAGCUCGAGGUCGAACAGUAUGCUAGACAAUUUUUACAAGAUCAUCAAGUCAAUCAAGUGGAUGCUAUUAUAUCAAGAAUUUCAGACUUUGAAUUAUGUCAUGGAAGACCAUGUUUCAUAUCGUAUAUUCUGGGCACAUAUAUGAAAUCAAAUGAUAUUGACGCUGCGAUUGGCAAAUUUAUCACUGGGAUAUCUAAUGUUGAUGGCCAGAUUUUCCCGCUUAGAUUCUUGAAAAAUGACCUUGAUAAAAACAUUCGUUCAUUUGACAAAGUCAUUGCUGGUGAUACCCUGUCAGGACCCAUUUGCGACGCAUUUAUUGAUGCCAUCUGGAAGGGAAAAAUGCACCUUAAAGUGACAGACAAUGACGGUGCUAAUGCAAUACUUUACGGCUUGGGAUUUGGUCAGACUGUCAAUGGAACUAUAUCUUCCAUUGAAAUUCAAGAAUUGGCUGUAAUCGAGUGUCUUUGCUACUUUUUCCCCUUUGCACACACUGUCAAAAGUUUAUACCAAAGAAUUGGCUCGUAUCCUAACCCUAACCCUCAAACGGUUGGCUAUUUGGUGGAAUACUUGGUUGCGUUUGCUUUAGUAGCCAACUAUUCUGGUCCUGAUGCUGCCAAUAGUAUCAAGACAUCCCGAGAUUUUGUAUCCAUAUAUUUACUAUUUGAUGAUUCAGAUCAAGUAUACUUUCCCGAUCAUAUGUGUGGACCAGAUAUCAUCUACAAGUGUGCCAAUACAAAGACUGUAUACAUUGUCCAAAUCAAAUUUGUCAAGAAAAUGUCAAAACAACAAGCUGCAAACGCUUACAAUACUACAGAUCCUGAACGCUUUUAUUGCAAACGUAAUGGCGGUGGAGUGUUGAAAGGGUUUGAAGAAGAACGAACUCACCUUUUUAGCACUUUGUCGGAACUACACGAAUCAGGCUACUCAUUGCAACAGACUCUGGUUAUUCAUACUGCUGAAAAGAACCCUGUUGAUGUUCAAGAUAUGAGAAUCAUCAAUAGUCAAAACUCGCCUCAGUUUUUUGACAAAAUUGGCAACGGUGUUUGGGAUUUUUUGGAUUCAGUUGGAAAUAACCUUCAAUAA